CACAAUCAGCUUCUUCAACAGUUAGCUGAGAAAUUAAUAAUGGCAGCAGAGAGUCCUGCAAUCGGGAUCGAUCUGGGCACUACAUAUUCGUGUGUAGCGGUGUGGCAGAAGGAUCAUGCAGAAAUCAUAGCAAAUGAUCAGGGUAAAAGGACAACUCGAUCUUAUGUUACAUUCACUGAAAGUAAUAGGUUGGUAGGCGAUGAAGCAUUUAACCAAAUCCUGAGAAAUCCGGCCAACUCAAUCUUCGAUGCAAAGCGGUUAAUUGGUAGGAGAUUCAGUGACGCCUCUGUUCAAAGUGAUGUGAAGCUCUGGCCAUUCAAGGUGAUUGAAGAUCCUAGUGGCAAGCCCAAGAUUGUGGUAAUGCACAAAGGUGAAGAGAAAAAAUUUGCUGCUGAACAAAUAUCAUCCUUGGUUCUCAGGAAGAUGAAGGAGAUUGCGGAAACCUACCUCUGCUCAAAUGUGAAAAAUGCAGUUAUUACUGUGCCGUCGUACUUCAACGACUCGCAACGUCAGGCUACAAUGAAUGCCGGUGCCUUGGCCGGCUUAAAUGUGCUGGGUAUUAUCAACGAACCAACGGCUGCAGCCAUUGCUUAUGGCAUUGACAAGAAGGUUGGUUGGUAUAAGAAGAAACAUGUGAUGAUAUUUGAUUGGGGCGGUGGCACUUUAGAUGUGUCUCUGCUUAUCAUUGGACAACAUGGUGCGUUUGAAGUGAUGGCCACUGCUGGAGACACACACCUUGGCGGUGAAGACUUGGAUAACAGAAUGGUGAGUUACUGUGUCCAAGAAUUCAAGAGAAAACAUCAGUUGGACAUUAGUGGAAACUCCAGAGCUCUUAGGAGGGCCAAAACUGAGUGUGAGAAGGCAAAGAAGGCACUGUCAUAUUCGUUUGAAACCGAUAUUGAAAUUGACUGUUGGUACCAGGGUGAAGAUUUUUAUGCAAAAUUUUCCCGGAAGAAAUUUGAGGAAAUGAACAUGGAUAUCUUCAACAAGUGCAUGGAGCCUGUGAAGAAGUGUUUGAAGGAUGCCAAAAUGGACAUAAGCAAUGUCGAUGAUGUUGUUCUUGUUGGUGGCUCUUCGAGAAUUCCAAAGGUGCAAGAGCUAUUGAAGGAGGUUUUCAACGGUAAGGAGUUGUGCAGGAACAUUAAUCCGGAUGAGGCUGUGGCAUAUGGAGCGGCUGUUCAAGCUGCAGUCUUGACUGGCAAUGUAACAGGGAAGCUUCAAGACUUCAGUCUCUUGGAUGUCAUCCCUAUGUCACUUGGGGUGCAGGUUACGAUUGUAAGCACGGGUGAUAAAAAUGCCAUGGAAUUUGUGAUCCGAAGAAACACGAGAGUUCCCGUGGUGAAGGAGACGACUCUAGUUACUGUCUAUGACAACCAACGUAGUAUCAGAUUCGCCAUUUAUGAGGGUGAGAGUACAUCAACGGUAAAUAAUAACUAUUUGGGUGAAUUUUGCCUUGAUGACAUUCCUCCCGCUCCCAAAGGUGUUCCUGAGUUCAAUGUUUGCUUUGAUAUUGACUCAAAUGGAAUCUUGAGAGUCUCCGCUGAGGAUAUGCUGACUGGCCAGAAGAAAGGGAUCACAAUCAAUCGUGAUACACCGAAGAACGCUUGAGGGAUUUGAGAAUUAAAGAUGAGAGGUUGAAUCAAAAUUUUGGUGGAGAAGGCAGUGGACGGGAGCUCCUUUUGCUGGCUGGUUGUCCGUUUUGUG